AUGGCUGCCUUCUUACAGUGGCGCCGAUUCAAUUUUUUUGACAAGGAGACUGCAUGUCAACCAACAACACGGGAAGUUUUCGAUAAAUUACAGAACAUUAAUAUCUCAGCAUGUGCCAGUGGGCGAGGACAAAUCAUUGUGGGUGACCAUGAAGGUUUCCUCCAUUUUAUCAAUAGGAAAAUGGAAGUGACAGAAUUUGAAGCUUACAAGAUCAGAGUCACUCACCUCUUCCAGAUGAAGCAACACAAUCUUCUCAUUACCAUUGGUGAAGAUGAACAAGGAAUCAAUCCACUUAUUAAAGUUUGGAACUUGGACAAAAUGGAGCGAGGAAGUCCUUUGUGUACACGAAUUGCUCGAGCGAUCCCAGGCAACAAACCCUCUCCAGUAACUUGUUUGACUGUACACGAAAACCUAAAUUGGAUGGCUGUGGGAUUUCAGUGUGGCAGUGUAGUCCUCUUCAAAGGAGAUGUUACACGAGACAGACAUAGCAAAUUCCGAAUUGUGUAUGAAAAUCAAAGACCCAUUACUGGACUUGGAUUUCGAAUAUCUGGAAAGAGUAUAAUUCUGUUUAUUGUGACAGAAACCAAUAUUUUAUCAAUAAAUAUAAGCAGUAAUGACUAUAGAACUUCUUUGGAUAAGUUUGGAUGCAAAGCCCGCUGUGCUGUGAUGAGUGGAAUGACACAAGAUAACCAAUUUGUUGUGGGACGUCAAGAUGUAGUUUAUUUUUAUCAACCUGAUGGACGAGGUCCUUGUCUUGCUCUUGAAGGAGAAAAACUAAUGCUCUUCUGGUUUCGAGGAUACUUGGUCACAGUGUGUCGAGAAAAACGAUAUAUGUCUCCUAUAAAUAACACCGGCAUGGCGAUGAACAUUGUUACCAUCUACGACAUACAAAAUAAAUUUAUUGCCUUUAUUGCCUCUUUCCCUGAGGUUAUUGAUGUUGUAUAUGAAUGGGGAGCUAUUUUUGUUCUUGCUGGCGACAAAAAGCUUUAUCAUCUGAUAGAGAAAGAUACAAAAACAAAACUGGAUAUGUUAUUUCGCAAGAAUUUAUACAAUAUUGCUAUCAGCCUUGCUAAAAGCCAGCAAUAUGACAAAGGUGGUUUGAUUGAUAUUUUCACUCAGUAUGGAGACCAUCUUUAUAGUAAAGGAGACCAUGAUGGAGCUAUUGAGCAAUAUAUGAAAACAAUAGGAAAACUUGAAGCUUCAUAUGUCAUCAGAAAGUUCCUUGAUGCCCAAAGAAUCCACAACCUGACCAAAUAUUUACAAGCUUUGCAUAAAGGACAAUUAGCCACUGAGGAACACACCACUUUACUUUUGAACUGUUAUACACGCUUGAAAGAUGUUUCUAAACUGGACAAGUUUAUUAAAACUAAAGACAGAGAAGUUGAUUUUGAUGUUGAAACUGCUAUCAAAGUUUGCAGGCAAGCAGGCUACUAUGAGCAUGCUCUGUUCUUGGCUGAAAAACACAACAUCCAUGAGUGGUAUCUUAAAAUUCAGUUGGAAGACAUUAAAGACUACAAGAAAGCUGUAGAAUAUAUUGGAAAACUGAAAUUUGAGGAGGCUGAAGAGAACCUAAAGAAAUAUGGCAAGAUCUUGAUGAGUGAAGUUCCCCAACCUACAACUGAAUUGCUUAAACAGCUAUGUACAGAUUAUCGCCCUUCUGACCAGCCUUUAGUUGAUCAGACUGUUUUGGAUGGUGGAAGUCCUAAAAUUCAGAAAGCCUUUGCAGAAGAAUUUAUUCAUAUUUUUGUAAACAGUUCUGCUCGAUUGACUGAAUUCUUGGAACAUAUGAUUAAGGUUCAGCCUAAUUCCCCAAGUUUGUUGUACAACACUUUAUUGGAGCUUUACUUACAAGAUACAAUUCAUGAGACAGAGCCAACGAAUGAACCAAAUAAUACGCUGAAAGCAGAAAAAGAGAGACGAACAUUAGAAUUAUUACAAGGUUCAGAAGCUGGCUAUGACAUUGAUCAAGCACUGGUGUUAUGUCAAAUGCACAAUUUUACAGCUGGCAUACUCUACUUGUAUGAAAAAGCUGAAUUGUAUCAACAGAUUCUACGUUAUUAUAUGGAUCAUGAUAAAUAUAAACAAGUUAUUGACACUUGCAAACGUUUUGGGACACAAGAAUCCAAUUUGUGGGUACAAGCUUUAUCAUAUUUUGCAAUGAAAGAAGAUAAUUGUAAGACUUACUUAAUGGAAGUUCUUUCUCAUAUUGAUAAGAAGAAUCUACUCUCCCCAUUGUUGGUUAUACAAUCUCUUGCUCACAACUCUGCUGCCACACUCUCAGUUGUGAAGGAUUAUAUUGUAAAGCGUUUGCAACAAGAAAAUGAUCAAAUAACAGAAGAUGAGCGUCUCAUCCAGAAAUAUCGUGAAGAUACAUGUAAAAAGAAAUUGCAAAUUGAAGAAUUGAAAACCUCAGCUAAAAUUUUCCAGGCCCCAAAAUGCAGCAUCUGUAACCAUGCUUUAGAAAUACCUUCAGUUCAUUUCCUUUGUGAACCUCAUUCUUAUCAUCAACAUUGCUUGGAAGGAUAUAAUGAAAAUGAGUGUUUUGUGUGUAUGCAAAAUAAUGGAAAAGUAAUGGAGGUAAUCCGUGCCCAGGAACAAAAUAAGGAUAUUCAUGAACAUUUCCACAAUGAGUUGGAUCGUGCCCAGGAUGGAUUUUCAAUGAUUGCUGAUUACUUUGGUCGUGGCAUUUUCACUAAGACGAUACCUGUUGUCACAAGCACUGGCCUGGAGAACAGAUCUUAUACUCACCCUGGUACAAAUAAAGAGUGGUGUGACUUGUUUAAUUUUCCAAAUUGGCCAGAAGUACAUUUGGGUUCAUUUCUUUGUUAA